ACUUUCCCGUCCAACCACUAAGUAUUAAAUUAGAGUUAACUCCGUUUCUCAUCACUCUAAUCGAUUACUGCUCUCUGCUACUGCAGAUCCAAAGCUCUCCCACUCCCUUUUAACUUCUUGUGGUUUUUCUUGGAUUCCCAUUGCCCCGUAGUCCCACUUUCUCUCUCACACACUUAAACACACAAACUCUUCACGCAGUCACUACUCUGCCAAUGCCAUCCCACGCCGCCACCACCACCGCCGCCACCAAUACUCCCACCAAACCAUCCAAGAAAAACCAUUUGGUCUCUGCAAUGAUAAAACAAGGUUUCAUCUCGGACCCUUUACUCUCCCCUGCACCCUCACCCCCCUCCUCUCACCACCUCUCCAGACCCCACUCCGCCACCACCGCCACCGCCAUUUCUCUUUCCCCGCCGCCUUCCUUCGCCACAGCUGCUCCCAACCCUACCCGGUCAAUUUCGAGCCCGACCCUUUUCGAAAUGAUGUCGGACGAACAGGCCCGCGACUCCAGACACUCCACUGAAGCCGGCCUCAAGCUCCAAGAUAGAGUCUUUAAGGUCUUAGCUGAGGCCCCAUUUAAGAAUUCCGGCAAUGAUCGUACUAAUGAUAAUAAUUUGGGGUGUGGUGACGUCAGACUGACAGUGAGUGCACGUGAUGGAUUCCGGGUCUCAAUGGAGGUCCACCGGCGGGUUCUUGCCGACCGGAGUAGGUUCUUUGCUGAGAAGCUGAGGAGGAAUGGGGCCCACAUGGUCACGGUGGAGAUUCUUGAAUGUGAUGACGUGGAGGUGUACGUGGAGGUGGUGGUGCUUAUGUAUUGUGAGGACUUGAAGAAGAAAUUGAUGGGUGAGGAGGUUUCCAAGGUCUUGGAAUUAUUAAAGGUAUGUUCAGCUAUAUCAUUUGAUGAUGGGAUCCUGGCAUGUUUGGAUUACUUGGAAGCGGUGCCUUGGUCAGAGGAUGAAGAGGAAAAAGUGGUCUUGCUUCUUGGUGACCUUCAGCUUCACAGAUCACUACCUAACGUGCUUCAGAGAGUGGUGGCAGAACCAUCAACAUCUUCUCGAGCUGAUGACAUUUUCCUCAAGCUAUUGAGUGGAGUUUUGCAGGCCAAGGAUGACAAAGCUCGUCGAGAAAUGAAAACAUUGGUAUCUCGUUUGCUUAAAGAAGAAUCUUCUGAUCAUCGCAGUCUCAACAAUAGCCUUGAUAUCUCCAGAGAUACACUGUAUCAUCUUUGCCACAGAUGUCUUAGUUCUCUCAUACUUUGCUUAUCAGAAGCUACUUGUGUGGAGGAAGGCAGGCAGGAUCGAGGAUUUUUGAUGAGCGAGAUAGCCCGAGAAGCUGACAACAUGCAGUGGGUUGUUGAUAUAUUGGUUGACAGAAAAUUGGGAGAUGAAUUUGUGAAAUUAUGGGCUGAACAGAAGGAACUUGCUGUGCUCCACUCUAAAAUUCCUACGAUGUACCGGCAUGAGAUCAGCCGUAUAACUGCACAGCUUUGUGUUGCAAUUGGGAGAGGGCAUAUUCUGGUGCCUAAAGAUACUCGAUAUUCUCUACUGUCUACAUGGCUGGAAGCUCUUUAUGAAGACUUUGGGUGGAUGAGGAGAGCUUCUAGAUCAGUGGACAAGAAACUGGUUGAGGAUGGACUGAGCCAGACGAUUUUAACUCUACCGUUGCCACAACAAGAAGCCAUCUUGCUCAAUUGGUUUGACAGAUUUCUUAACAAAGGGGAUGAUUGUCCCAAUCUUCAAAGGGCAUUUGAAGUCUGGUGGAGGAGGUCUUUCAUAAAGCAAUAUGUUGUCGAAUCCCAGUUACAAUUAACCGUUUAUGAUAAUUCCAACUGAUGGUAACCGUAUGUUCUCGUUGUAGUACAUGAUGUAAUUAAUUAGCUUUUCUGCAUACUACUUGCUAUACCCUUCCUCACUGUGAAUCCUUACUUCUUCAGGAACUUUCCUCUUGUAAAAAGAUCCUUUUGUACCAUCCCUUGAGAGCGUAAUAGGAAAUGCUAUGAACUCGAAACUCAUGCAAGCAACUAGAAUUUUUAAAUGGAAGAUGAAAUAAUUGAAUUGAUGCUCAAUCUUUUCAUUUGAGCUCUCUCA